UUUAUAAGCAAUCUGACGUUAGAGACGCAGGACGCGCAGGUGAUCGGCAAUCGAUGUGGUUUUGAUGCUACUUGCGUAGAACAACUGUUAUAGUUUUUAGUUGGAUAUCAUUCACCUAGCGGGUAACGUCAGUGACGGCGCGAACUGACGUCCACCUGGAGCGAUGGGUGUGUGCACCGUGUAUGCCUGUCAAUGCGGAGUGGAUAUGCGGCAAGCGGCGUGACGCGACCUGCGCACGCAGCCUCGGCCCGCAACUGCCAAUAACCCGCUAGAAGCCGUAGAGCGCGCGCCACUCGCUCCUGAACAAAAUAUCGACGCGUAAACCGACGACCACCCUGAUAACUCCCUCACAAAACUGUGCCAUAGUUUAUAGUGCAACCUCCUCAAUACUAACGUGAAUUUAUUUCAAAUCAACGCUCGUCGACACCCGUAGAACAGUGCACCACGUUAUCAGUUUAUCAGUGAACUGUACAACACACGUUUUUUCAUAUGUCAAAAGUAAGCAGAAGACGAUAGUGCGGGGGGCCGGGAUGCAGGCGGCGGCAGGGGCGGUCAUGCUCGCGGUCCGGGCAGGAUAGCCAGCGCUCGCAGCAUGUGGGUGCGGGCGGCGCGCGCGAUGCGGGCCCUGCGCCGGGCAGCGCUGCUGGUGCCUCUGGCACUCACGGCGCUGCUGUUGUUGCUGCUGCCGCGCCCGCCGGCCCUCGCACCCGCGCCACGGAGCCCCUCCCCCCCACCACCGCUAAGGGUUGACUUGCACAUCGAGAACGCUAUCACGGAAUCGGACUACGCAAUAGGUCAUGAAGACGAGACUACUAAGCUCCCGUGGUUCAUGCGUGGAGGUGAACAUCGUCCAAAGGAGUACGACCCUGAGGCUAAACUGUUUCCUGAAGAUUCACCAGGGGACGACAGAGUCGUCAAUCAACUAAUGUAUACGCUACCAAAAGACGAAGAUGUGCCUAUAAAGAAAAUCUUGCUAGCAAACGGAUUAGGAGCGUGGGGAGUGUCAGGAGGUCGGACUGAGUUCAUCCGGAACAAGUGCCCUGUAGACCGCUGCACUCUGACUGCAGAUGCCCGAGAUGCCGCUUCGGCUGACGCUAUACUCUAUAAAGAUCACCAUACUCCGUUCAAUAUCAAGCGUUCACCCAAACAGAUCUGGAUCCUGUACUACCUAGAAUGUCCGUACCACACGGCGUCACUGCGGCCGUCAUCAGUGGACGUGUUCAACUGGACAUCCACUUACCGCCGGGACUCAGACAUCGUGGCGCCCUACGAACACUGGGUCUACUACGAUCCCCUCAUCACCGAGAAAGACCUUGAUAGGAACUUUGCUGCUAAUAAAACUAAAAAGGUGGCGUGGUUCGUAUCGAACUGUCACGCUCGCAAUCGACGGCUGCAGUACGCGAGGCAGCUCAGCAAGUACAUCCAAGUGGAUAUCUACGGCGCCUGCGGAGCGCAUCACUGCCCCCGCACCGACCCCAACUGCCUGGAAAUGCUCGACAAAGACUACAAGUUCUACCUCGCCUUCGAGAACUCCAACUGCCGUGAUUACGUCACUGAGAAGUUCUUCGUCAACGGAUUGCAACAUAAUGUACUGCCAAUAGUGAUGGGGGCCCGUGCGUCGGAGUACGCAUCCCUAGCACCGCACAACUCAUACGUCCACGUUGAAGAGUUCGCCAGCCCCGAGGAGCUCGCCACGUAUCUACGACGUCUUGACGAAGACGAUAAUUUAUAUAAUUCUUACUUCAAGUGGAAGGGUACAGGAGAGUUCAUAAACACGUACUUCUUCUGCCGCGUGUGCGCGAUGGUGCACGCGAACGAGCGGCGCCAGCGCAGCGCGCACUACGACGACGUGCAGGCGUGGUGGCGCGACGGCGCCUGCACGCGCUCCGAGUGGCGCACCAUGCAGAAAGACACCCGCGACAACGGCUAGAGGCGCUCACAUACAUCGCGAUCACACUAAUUCUAGGUUUAUCGCUUCUAGCCCACCUCAUCCAAGAGGUUCGACGAAUCUUCACAAACAUCAGUCGCUGAACCCCGGCGCCAUGCAAUUUAGUCAAUAUUUGUAUCGUGUCGCGAAUCGAGUCGAAACUUAUAAUCUCGUCCAUAUUAGCAUAGCGUAUACCUACACGAUAAUGUUAGUAGUUCUGUUAUAUUUUUAUUAGAUUGCCGGUGUUCGGUGUACGAGUUUUCCCCAUAAUAUUUUUGUAACAUGAACUAGUGAGGCGCGUAGAAAGCGCAUAAUAUAAUGAUUAAGGAAUAAAAUAUAAUUCGAUGUUGUUGGCGCCCAACGUGGGUCUGAGGAAAAUUGAUGUGAACGAGACCUGAUUUUCCCUCUGUCUGGUGACUUAAAGCCGCAGUAGAUUUGCUUUUGCUUACUAGACCGAUUCUACAAUCCGAAAUCAUGUGCAAUAAAAAAUCUUUGUCAAGCAUAAAACAUUCCAUUGUAUAUAGUAUUCAAUUACUUAACUACCUACUUUUAAACUAUUUUAUUACAGUCUAUUAACGAAUUUUAUUAGGUUUAAGACAUUUUUGUUUUGUAUGUUAGCUGUUUUAUAAAUACUUUUGUAAAUUAUUUGAAUUUUGUAAAUAUUUUUACUUACUAAUACAUGAUUAGUAGGUAUUUUAUAUUUAAUGUUGAAACCACAAUGUGUAGUGAAACGGAUAAUAUCCAUGUUCUAUGUUUUAAGCAAAGUUAUAAAGUUUUUGGACUAGACUUGAUUGAUGAAAUUAUUCUUUAUCAAUUUGAUCAUUAUUAUACAAUGUUUUCAUGCUUGUUAAAAAGCUCAAACUAUAAGUCUAGUCAUGUUGCCAUUGUGACAGCACAAUACCAAAAAUAAUCUUUCAUGAUUUUUGCGCACAAUUUGCACAAUUCGUAAUGACGUUUUCAUAUUUUAUAAUUUAGAUUAUUGCACUUCUUAGAGAAGUUAAAUUUUUAUGAUGUCUUUUCAAUUUAUUAAAUUAUUGAAGGUACUUACCUAGUAUUCAUAUUUAAUUAUUAUUGAUUGAAUGGUCUGUAUGUUAUGACUUAUGAACUGUUGUUGUGUUGGUAAUAUUUAAAUGUUAUUUUUUUAGAAUGUAAAUCAAUCUUAAUUAAGAGAAGCCCAAUUCAAACAAAAUGUCUGCAGUUGAUUUAAUGCUGGUCUCUCAAGAAUUAAAACAUUUAAGUAUUGUAUUACAAAGAAUUAAAAACCUGGCUGUCAUUACAGAGACUGAAAAAUCUUGAUAGAUUUGUAGGUUUUAACAUCAAUUUUGAGGAAACCUGCAUUUAAAGCUUAUUUAAGUGUUCCUCUCCAUAAAUCCUUAAUGUACCAGACUCUUUGUUGUUUCAUAGGAUAAUCCCACAAUCUCCUAAAAAUCUAGUGUUAAAAAUAAUCAAGUAUCAAUGUGUUUACUAACAAUUGAAUGUUAAAAAUGUUAAGAUCUCAAGAAAUAUUGACUCCAUGCAGUUUGAUAACAAUUGCCUACCUACUUUAUCGUUAACCGUGCAUUUAAAUAUCAUAGGUUAAAAAAACAGUUUGAAUAUGUUAUCUCCAUUUAAACAUUCCAUUUCUAUUGUUCAUGUACUUUAUGUAACACAUUUUUAUGUUAUAUUUAUGUAGCAAAUAUUAUAUAGACAAUUCAUUGUAUAGUAAAAAGGAAGGCUAUUAGAUAAACUAUUGAGAUAAAACAACAUAGUAAAUGAAUAGGAAAGGGCAAUUACUAUGACUGGAUCGAAUGAUUAUGUGUAUGAGACACCAAUAAAUUUAUAUUAAUGUUAUAUAUUUAUAUAUACAUAUAAUUGUUUAUCAGUGUAAAAUGAAAGUGCCAUUCAUGCUUAAAUUAAUGACAAACAUUUUAAGUGGACACAUCUGACUCUGAACUACUCUGAAGGCCUUUCAGUAUGUUGUGAUUAAACCAGUACUAACUUAAUUAAAUGCUUAUUGCAGUACAAUUAAGCCACCAACAUGACACCUAGUGUUCAUUUCACCAAUGAAAAUAAAUAAAUGAUGAAUUCAA